UGAACUUGAACUUGAACCUGAACUAUACUGUGUGUAAGCGUAUUCAGGUCUACCAAGUAUUUUACAUUCCGCAUCUUCUUUAAAAACAAACAUGCACCAACUAGAUGUUAAUACAUUCUAGAAUUUUCCAUUUGCUUUAUUUGAAACUUAGCUAGAACAUACACCAUCCAAAGGACUACGGUAGGGCAACUGUUUCUAUCUUAAACGUCGUUGUUUACUAACUAACCAAUUAAGAAGAUGCAGAACCCCAGAAAAGGAGCACCUCCAAACUCGCCUGUUUCACGACAACCAACGUCACAGCGAGCUCAGCCGUCAAGAUGGUCAACAAAGAUGCUGGAUUGCUGCAUGGACAUGCCAGUCUGUCUCUGCGGUUGCUGUUGUGGUCCUAUAUUGGCCUGUCAACUCGCUAAGAAAUAUGGAGAAUGUUGCUGUCAGCCCAUGCUGCCAGGGGGUUUGGGAAUGCUGCGUGCAAGUAUGAGGCAAAGAUAUAACAUUGAGGGUAAUCUCUUGGAUGACACUAUGGUGGCCUACUUUUUCGGACCAUGCACCCUCUGUCAGAUGGCGCGAGAGUACAAAUUACAAUCUCGAAAAAUGUGAAGAGUUGGUUUCCCUUGACUGAGGCUUUUCAUUGUCGCGUUGAAUAAAAAUGGACAGAGGCUUCUCUAUA